AUGUCUGCUUCGCAAUCCAAAGGCGGCGGGUUUUUGCGCUCGAUGUCGCCGUUGCCGCUGUUGUAUGGCCGCAACUCGGAUCUGCAGAGCGGGAACAGGCAAUUGAGCUCCAGAGACAGAAAAUACGUGUCCAACAUUGAGAAGGCCCUCACGGUAUUUGAUUCCGUCGAGGAGUGGGCAGACUACAUUUCGUACCUGAGCAAGUUACAGCGGGCGUUGCAGACGAACCCGGAGCCGCAGAUCAACCAUUGGAUCCCGAGCGAGUUCGAUAUUUCCAAGACGCUGUCCAAGUGUCUCUCGCCCAAACUUCCCAGCGGAGUGCAUCGAAAGGCCCUGGAGGUGUACACGCAGAUAUUUGAGAUCCUGGGUGUGGAAGAGCUGGGGCUGCACGUCAGCACGUGGCUGCCCGGGCUGCUUCCGCUGAUGUCGUACGCCAGCAUCAGCGUGAAGCCGCAACUGAUUGAGCUGUUCAAGACAUACGUUGUGCCGAUCGAGCCGUCGAUUUUGCGGGUCAUUUUCCGCGGCAUUCUGCUGAGUCUUCUGCCAGCCCUGGACGACACGACGUCCGAGUCGUUCGACGCCGUUCUCGAGCUCAUCGACAGUUUCAAGGCGCAGCUGGACAACAGUCCGCAUUUCUGGCAGUGUCUUUUCCUGUGCAUCAUGACGUCGCCCGACAAGAGGCUGGGGGCUCUGGAAUGGCUGGUGCGCCGGAUGCCGUCGUUUGGGGUCGACGGCGAGCCGGAGCUGCGCAAAGACGCCGUGCUGGACGCUGUGGACGACGAGACGAGGGCCUGUGUCACUCCGGAGCCGGGACUGCUGAUAAAGGCGUUUGGGGAGGGGCUCGUAGACGAGAACCUGCUGGUGCAAAGAGGCUUUUUUGACCUGUUGAUCGGCCGGCUGCAGCUGCACUCGGCCAUUCUCCAGGUCCUCGUUUCCGACGCAGACAAACGGCUGUUAGUGCUGAGAGCCACGGGGACCGUGCUGCGCAAGGACAUGUCACUGAACAGAAGACUGUGGAACUGGCUGCUUGGGCCGUCCAACUCAGAGCAGGCGCGUGCAGGGGGCAAGGCUGAGCAGCUCAUCACGGCAGAGACAAGGUCGCAGUACUUCCGCUCGUACGGGCUUGAAUAUCUGACACAGGCAAUUUUUGCGCUGCUCGAGGGCUCCGCCAGCUCGCAGCCACGAUACCAGCAGCGCAUCGAGGCAUGCAGAAUUGCAGUGGCUAUCAUGGACAAAUGGGAGAUCGGACAGUAUAUUGUGCCGAAGAUUCUUAUACCAAUUAUCAGGUGCACCAAGGAGACCCACGAGACGGAGCGGAUGGAGGUUUUUGAUGAGCUGGUGAAAAACGCCAACUCCUUCUUCGACAGCGUCGAGACCAUCAACAUUUGGUCGGACGUGCUACGGCUGAUCAAAGACGGCGAGAUCGACCUCGUGCUCUUCAUUCUCAGACAUUUCCGUGUGGAGGAGGAAGACAUGGUGGUGCUGCAUCUUCCGCUGGCACUUUUGGCGUCGCUGGCCAAGUUUGACGGCAGCAAAAAGUGGAUAGAGCUGCUGAGGGCUCUGUUGGCCCUGAUACCCCAGAGAGCCUUCUUGCCAAUCGAACACGCCGACGAAAGAUAUGUCAGCAUAGAAACCGUCGAUAACGCCACAUUCAAGAGCGAGAUCAUCGCCAAACUUGAACAGUACUACAAUCUGACAUCUGAGGAGGCUCAGCUGGACGCACCGGGCGAAAAACCAUACAACACCGCCGACCUGAGCGCCAUACUGCUCACAUUGACGACCCAUAUCACGACGGUCCAGCUGAAAACGCGACAGGCGGCCCUCUUUUACGAGUUUUCCGAGAUCGUCAACGAGCUGCUGGAAAAGAUCCCAAACGGAGCAAACCAGUGGAAGGACCUGACGCUGCUCAAGACCGUCAACGACUACCAAUCGGGCAACUUCAGCGAGGAUUCUGUUCCGAUUGCGUUUGGUAUUUCGCUUCUCUUCAAGACCCUGGCUAGGCAAACCUCCGGCGCCCAGUUGUUGAAGAUCCUGAAAACGGUCAUGGACCUGCUCUGGAGCUGUCUGGUGCAUCCGAGCGGAAAGUACCAGGUCGAGACAGUGAAGAUGAUUUGCCAGCUCGAAAUCAGCGUGGACUCGCACUACAUCGAGGCUGCGCUGUCGUCGUUGUUCCUUGGCUCCGAUAGACUCACGCGCAUGAAAGCGUUCAGCGCUCUAUGGACACACACAUUGGCCUUGAACGAGACAGAGAACAUUCUUUCUCGUCCCCUGAAGCUGCUGUUGGAUGAUCUCAGCAGCGAAAACGAAACCAAUAAACUGAUAGUCUCUCGUUGGAUCAAGUCGACCGUCAGCACCGGAUCCAUCAGCAAGGUGUUCCAGAUUCUGUGUUCUGGUCUGCUGUCCAAGAACAGUUUUGUGGCCUCUGGCACGUUUAGAAGUGAGGAAGACGAAGACUUCGCGCUUCUCCACUACCAACUAGCCACCAUUAUCAACCUUUUGCGCACCGAUCUGCAGCUGGUCUCAAUAUUCAAGAACCAGCCCUGCACACUCAACAACGAUGCCGAUAUCAGCAUACUUUCCAGGCACCGCUGGGAUGUCACCACGUACAAAUCGCUGCUUGUCACGUUCAUUUCGAGAUUUUUGUCCAUAGAUGCUCCAAAAUUUGAUAGAGCAGUUGUUGGUCAGUACUGCGGCUGUGUCAGAGCCUGCCUGAGCCUUUUGGAAAUGCUGAUAGAUGGAACAGAGCACGAAUUUACAGAGAUCAUCAGGUCUCUGACCAAACUGUGCAAGAAAGCAAGUCUGUAUGGCGACCCAAUCACAGCGUUCUACUUAUCCACCAUUUCAAAAUUCAUGAGACUUGCGCACGAUUCCAAGAUCGCGCUUGAGCUAUUCGACUACGAAAAUGACGGCAUGCCUCCUAAAUUUGCACAGAUUGUGUCAGACGGAGUUUUGAAUUCGAGAUCGUCGCUGGUUCUGGCAUCCUGGAUCUCUCUCAUUCUGAGCGUCACCAAUUACGCUCCGGAGCUGGUCUUUAGAAGCACUUUCAACGUCACCGCCUGCAUUUGCGAGAAGCUGGACGAGUUUUUCACCAUCAACACUCGUUUCAGCCAAACUGAGUCCGACGGCGACUCCGACGAAGCCAUUCUGGAGCUGAUUAACGGUCUGCAGGAACUGCUAAAUGCCAGCCACACUUACCUUUUGGCCUCAAAAUCUGGACUGUUUGCCAAAGAAUCAGCCUCAGGAAAGGAGUCCAGCUUCUUUGGAUCCGUCAUGCAGGGUGUUUUCCAGGUGGAGGCUCCGGACGAAAAGGGCGAGGAUCAUUCAAGACGGAUGGAAAUACUCAAGGCAUUCAAGCUGGCCGUGGAGACAUGCUACCGUAUCUGGCUGUGGUCAGACGAGCACUCGAAAGUCAAGGCCAAUGCCAUCAGCGUGGCGCCCUCGUCGCCGCUGGUUACCAGAAUGAGCUCGAUAAUAGGGAUCAACACCACCAGCACAAGACUCAUUGACGAGGAAAAGCCCUCCUUUUUGUCGUUUACGAAAACCGUCAACUACAAUGCCUCGCGUUUGAAAUACAGAACCAAGAGAAUCCUGGAAAGCAUUUUUGUGUUGGAGCCGUUGGAGACGCUGGAGACGUUGAUGAGUGCACAAAGAACCCAGGGUAGCCAUUCCGACAGAUAUUCCACAUUCAAGGUGAUUCAUCUUUUGGACGGAACCAAGUCAGAGAAAAUCAUUCCGCUAGCCCUGAAUUCGCUGAUGUCGAGAGUGAACAUGGCGUCGUUAGACCAAUCCAAACGGUCUUCCAUGAUCAAUGAGCUUAACGACAAGGAUGUGUCUACUUUUCUGACCGAGUACAUGGAGUCGUUGAGCAGCGACUCGGUGGAAGAGAUAUGGACGCAACUAAUGAGCUUCCUAAAAGAUGUCCAAACAAACAUGUCGCACUACAGACUGCUUCUGUCGGACAUCCUCAAGUUCAGCACUAUUGUUGGAGUGAAGCUAUCGCAAAUCAGUUUUGGCGAGCAGAAAAAAGUGCGCAAGGACAUGACGGACUCUUUCAUGAAAGUUCUCACGAUGGCCACAAAUGUCAAAAACGCCACCGAAGACCAGUCAAUUGCCUCUAUUUUGAAUCCUAUUAAUAUUCUGCCUGGAACAGACAACCACGACUCAACAAGUUCAUCAGCACUGAACUCGGAAUCAACUGGCAAGAUAGAGACUGGUGCGGAAAACCUCAAAAGUCCGCCAGUUCCAUCCAUGAGAGGAUCGUCGCCAAUCAAGGAGACUCCUCCGUUGGAAAAAGAGUCGGCCAAGGAGGAGCUGUGCACUUGCCUGGUUUUUGUUGUUCCAAAAGUGCCCGUCAUCGUUCAAGAGAGCGACAAGGUGGUGACAUGCUACACCACGAUAAUUAAUAGCACGCUGGCUCCGCUGCUUAAAAACAAAAAUGCAGGUCAAGUUCCAGACUAUGUGGUGAAUCUGAUCGAAGCUCUCAGUUGCAUGAACCAAUGUCUGCAGCUGAAGUUGUGGAAGAAUCUUUGCUACGACAUUAUGAUGGACGUCAAGUUCUUCGACACUCCAAUCAGCGCGCGCUGGAAUCGUAUACUGUACAAUUGGAUUAAAGAGGAUAAGGAAAAGCUGGACGAGCUGGUCACAAGGCUGGUUCCGUACCACGGCUCUUCCACCCUAUUCAACUGGAACGAUUCUGAGAUGUCAAACAAGCGGCUGAACCUCAAGCGGAUGGCCUAUUUGUUGCUUAUUUCUCCGAAGGACAGCCUGCUGAACAACGUGAGCGACCUGCAAUUUAGAGUGUCUGACAUGCUGAAGAAUUCCUCGAACCAGUCGCUAAAGCCUGUCAUUUUUCUUCUUCUUCGGGUAAUCAUUUUCAAAUACUCCGAUCCUCAUCUGAGCACGCUCUGGCCAACUGUGUACACAGAGCUGCAAUUUGCUCUGCACCAGUUAUGGAUGCGACUUGAAAGCCCAGCGGAAGGAGACAGAGUCACAGAUGCUCAGCUGGAGUUUGACAACGAGCUGGUCUUGCAGGCCUGCAAACUGCUGGACGUCCUGCUAGUUUUGAAGCCUGAGGAGUUCCAACUGACAGAAUGGCUGUUUGUCUCAGACACGAUCGAUGCUGUUUAUCGCGAUUCCAGCGUUCCGGUGCUGUCCCUGGUCGACAAGAUUAGUAACUUGAGACAAAUGCGGACCAAAGAGCUCCACGACAAAAUCGAGACCCGUGUGGACAACUUGAAGAGACCGCUGCUGGCGGGACACAGCAAGGUCGAGUCCGUAUACGACCUUCGCGAAUUCUUCGAGACACUUUCAAUCCACAACUAUGAAAGCGAGUACGCUCUAUUAGAUGCCGAUGCGGAGGCUAUCGAGAAGGACAUUUUCAGCGAUCUCUUUGGCUAG